AUGGAGGGAGCAGUGACACCGAUCACUGGGAAGCCCCUGCUGGUCCGGUCUAUGGCCCAGUUCUCCAAAAUUGUUGUUGACAUAGUAACCUCUCUGGAUGGAGAGCAGCACAACGUCAUGUUUAUUAGCAACAACUCUGGUUGGCUGCAGAAGGCGGUGUGGUCUGGUGAUGAUGGAGGGCGAAUCAUUGAGGAGUUGCAGCUGUUUCAGGAUCCUCAGCCCAUUCGCUUCCUUCAGCUCUCUAGAAGAGGUCAGCUGUACAGCGCAACUAGAACUGCUGUUGCUCAGCUCAGUGUGAGGGACUGCAGCCGCUACACAUCCUGUGCUGACUGCCUUAUAGCCAGAGAUCCAUACUGUGGCUGGGACCACCUCAAAGGCCUGUGUGCUGCUGUUGCUGGUGCUUCAAACUUCUCCAUGAUCCAGAACCUCAUUGAUGGUGAUGCUACAAUGUGCCCAAGCUCUCAUUGCAAGUAUUCCCCACAUAAAGCUCUUUACACACAUUUACCUUAG